AUGCUUGUGGUCCUGCUCACAGCAGCCCUGCUUGCACUGAGCUCAGCUCAGAGUGCAGAUGAAGAUGUCCAGAGUAUAUCUGAUGUCCAAUCAGAACCAGCUCCUGUGGAUCAAACCCAGGACUCAAGUUCAGAUCCUUCUUCUACUGAUGCAAAUACAGUGAAUGUCCAAGAGGCUGAAUCAGCUCCAGCAGGAAAUGAGUCUUCUGCCAACUCUGGGAGUGGACAGGAACAGCAACAGCAAGCUCAGGAAUCCCAACAAGCAAAGGGUCAGGGGCCUUCUGACUCUUCUGUGAAAGAACAGGAAAGUCAAUCUGGAGAAGAAAAGGUAGAAGAGGUUAAAAAGGAACUCCCCUUCUCUCCUGAAAAGUCAGAAGAUCUACCACAACAUAUACUUCCAAAGAAGAAUCAUCCUAAUUUUCAGGUUGGAUCUGAACAUUAUGAAGCAAUUAGAAUGAAUAUAAUCAUUUCUGUUAUUUUGAAAAAUAUAUAA